AUAAGGCUUUAUAAGAUUUUUAUCAGCUCCAGAUUCAAACGAUUAUUUAACUGUGUAUAAAUGCCAGAUAGAAACAUUUAACGCUCUCAACCUGAACUCAGCGCAGCAUGAGAAAACGUUGAUUUACCUUUUGCCGUUGACAACUAGGUCUGGAACAGACCCUAGACUUCUACCCGUGUUCACGUGACAAGGAAAAACAAACGCGCGGCACUUGGUUGUUACCCAAACAAGUUGUCCACAUUGAUGAGGGGUGUUGAUUUAGUUUUAUACUUCAACAUUGGGUAAAGUUCUGGUGUUCAUGUGAUUCUGAUUCACUAGAUUCUGUACACUCGUGGUCUGGUGUAAUAUCAUGCAAAGUUACGCCAGGGAGCCAGAUCCAUUAAGACCCAGACCAAGAAGUGUCAGUUCUGGUGGUGAAAGAAAACAACUCCGCAAAGUUCAUACAAGAAAGAUCGUUUACAGAGUUGGAUACAGCUGGAACAAAGGUGGAAGACUCAAGGAGCUGAGAAUAAGGCACUUGGCAAGAAAGUUCCUGAAGAUAUGGAUGCAGAACACCUUUGGCCGAAUUCUUCCUCAUAAAGCCAAGUCUCAUUAUAACACCGGGGUCUUGAAACAAGCCUUUGCCGGAUGGAGAGACGAGUGGUGGACGUCCAGGAGAGAGUGGAGUCUGACAAUGAGGGCAGAAUGUCACCACAGGUAUUAUCUGUAUAACUUGGCAUUCCAGAGCUGGCAAAUGUUUAUGUCAUUGCACAGGGAAAAGAAGAGCAAAGUCCACACUGCUCAAUCAUUUGCUGACAUGCAACGGAUGCGUCUGGUUUGGGAACGAUGGGAGGUUUUCACAGAAAUGAGGCGAAUGAAGAAAAGAAUGCUUGAGUCUACACUUGGGCACAAGAGACUUGUAACCCUACAUUCAACGUGGAGAUUAUGGAGGACUCGGCUGCAGCAGAAUCGAGACCUUCACACUUUAGAUGCUCAAGCCCUGAAACAGAGAGCGCUCACUUUACAGAGCAGGACUUGGCUUCAGUGGAAAGAAAUGCACACAGCUGCUUGUUGCCAGAAAGAGAAAGAAUCCAAAGCUGCACUUCACUUCAUGCUCAGACUGAAGAGGAAAACAUUGCAUCAUUGGAAAAGUUAUGUGUCUUCCCUCCAAACCAAGAAAAAGUCACAAGCUGUGGCACAUCUUGCCUGCAAUCUUCAUCUGGUAAUGAUGUGUUGGAGUAAGUGGAGCAGUGCGUUGCAUCGUAAACAAUGCGAGGAAGACCGUUUGCAGGCUGCAGGGCAUUUGGCUAUAAGGAUCACUCAGCGCCGAGCGCUGGAGCGCUGGAAAGCUUUAGAUGUGUCGUUGUGCAGAGAAGAAGCUGAAAGAAACAGGAUUGCAAGUCAGAGUCAUCAUCAUCAUCAACUGCAUGCUGGACUGCAGGGACUUUCUCUUCACGUCAUCAGGAACAAAACACACCGACUGAACAAUCACAUGGCUGUCCAACAUUAUCAUCAGACCAUAACAUGUUACUAUUGGAAGCUGUGGCAGGACCGCUUGGAGGAGGCUGAAGACAAGAGUUUCCAACCGCAAGCAGGAUUGGCAGUGACUAACCACAGAACAUCUCUGUUGAGCAGAUAUCUUCACCACUGGAGAGAAAGACUUGCUGAACAACAACACAUGCAGGAAUUGGAACAUCGUGCCGACAUUUGGUUUGCGGAAGGCAUGUUGCCUCGGAGUUUCAACUUGUGGGUUGAGUUUACUUUGCAGAGAAGACUCCAUAAACAGAGGACACACACGGCAGAAGUCUUUCACCAGCGGCGUCAGUACUCUUUGGUGUUUUACACCUGGUGGGGAAGAGUAGAGAAACACAAGGAGCGGAUGCUCUCUGAGCGGAUGGCAAUUCUUCACGAGGAGCGCUGCCACUUGCAGAAAGCCUGGACUCGCUGGUGGCAGCGGACAGAGCAACAAAUGGACGAAGAGGAGAAACAGGAGGCUUCAGAGCGUCUGCACCGUCACAGACUUCUCCACAGGUCGAUGACACAGUGGAAGGACAACAGCACUGAGAUCAGAGACAGGAGGAAUCGAGAGCUGCAGGCUUGUCAUCAGGGUGACCUGUGCUGCAUGAGAUUGGCUGUGGAUAAAUGGAAGAAGUUUGUUCAGUGCCAGAGAGUGAAGAAAAGCAAAGUGAAAGAGAUGCAGCGUUACCAUGAAGUCAAACUCCUCAAACACACGUUUGUGGCCUGGAAGAAACACCACCGCCAGAUGUGUCAGAUAUAUGGUCACGCAGAGGAACUUUACCGGCAACAUAAACAGACAUUUCUCAGGACGGUUCUGUGUGUUUGGAGGGACAACGCGGCGCUGCAGACAGAACUCAGGCUCACAGAGCUGCGAGCACAGAAUCACUUUCAGCACUUCCUUCAGCUUCAGGUGUUUCUCGCUUGGAGGGAAGGAACAGCAUGUGCAGCUUCAAAGAGACACCAGCAGGGGGAAGCAGUCAACAAGGCUCAGAAGUCCAGAAAUCAAGUGCGGUUGCUGCAUUCUUUCAGACGAUGGAGGAAGCAGACCAGGGAGGCUCGGAGAGAGCGUAUGUGCAUGGAAAAAGCCAGGCAGCAACAUGACUCCAAACUUCUUUCGAAAGCACUGAAAGCCUGGAAAAACCAUCACAACCAAUUACAGAAAAACAAGGUAAUGAGACGCCAGGUAAUCCUUUUGCUGAGAUUGAAGAUGUACCAGACAUACUUUGACCAGUGGAGAAUGAAGCUGCAGCACAGACGGAGAGAAGCUAAGCAGACGGAGCGAGCGCUCUGGCACUGGUCCCUCACUCUUCAGGCCAAGGUGUUGUGUGGCUGGAGGCUGCAGGUCACAGAGCAGCGCAGGAAACAAGAGCAGGCGGCCAGCGCUGCUCAGGUCUACAGGGACCAGCUGCUGAGGGAGGGCGUGACAUGCAUCCUCACGUAUGCUGCUCACAUGAGCGAUCUCACAACGAGCUUAACGCAGCACAGCCAAGAGCAGAGGUCACGACAUCUCCAGAGAGCGGUGAAGCGGUGUGCGAUGCGGUGGAAGCAGCGGGCGCUGUGUGAACGUCAAAGAGAGCAAGAGGUCAAAGGGCCUUCGCCCAAAAAGAGCGUGACCUUCGGUUUGGCGACAUGUGGAUUGGAGAGUGUGUCCCUGUCUGACUCAGAGGAGCAGGAAGCUGAAUAUGGAAUCCUUAGCAAGCUACUUCUCAGCCGUGCGCCUCGACGUCAGCCACGACGCUGCGUGUCUCCACUGAAAAUAAACACCCAAAAUCCAACUGCCGUCACCAGCGCUGAAACGGCUCCGAAACCCUCGCAGCUCAGUCGUCCUUCACAGCAAGACCUUCGCACCGCGUCGCCUUGCCUCCAUCCUCCAUCCACACGUCAGAGCAUCAUCAUCUCUAACAUGUCAUCAUCUGAACCGAGCAUCUCCACUGUGGACUCUCCUCAGGAAACCCCAGGCCAAGGCGUUCUUUUACCCCCUUCUGCUUUCAUGACCACUGUGACUGAAGUUCUGUUGGGGACGACUAACUGGUCAGGUUUUGGAGAUGCUCCUCGUCAGUUUGUCCCUCCGUUUGAACAACACUCGUCAGCUUAUUCAGAUGAACGUCAGAGAGCAUCUAUUAGAGGAAGUGUAGAAGGUCUAGUGACAGAUCCAACUUCAGCUCUGACCAGAGAACUGCUCAGUAUUCAGCUGGACAUGGUGACAUACCAACAGGACAGGAAGCAGCUCCGGGCUUGGCAAAGACUAAAAGAGGUGUUACAAAGCUGGCUGCAGACCAGUGGAAAGGAAGAACAAAUGGAAACAAAUGCUGUAUGUCAAGAGUUAAAGGAGUUGGAGGAGCGCAUCGACGGUCUGUCCACUGAACUGGCGAAACGGAAACCAACAAUGCUGCGACAUGCAAAGAGGAUCCAGCAUUUACAGAAUGCCCUCCAGUCCUCAGGAGCGGGUGUUUUCCAUCAGAAGGCAGAAGAGAUGGAAACAGAUCGCUCUGUGUUUACACCAUCAUCUGCUUAGAUCACAUUUCUUAAAAUCAAACGAAGACUGACACAAUAAUUUAAUGAGAAAAACAUUUCACCAGCUGAUGCAUAUUUUAGAAUGAACAUGUAUAUUUGUACCACAGCACUGAGUUUGUAAUUAUAACAUAUAUCUUGA